AACCCCGCCCACACGAGCUGCGCGUGUGAAUGAAAUCGGAACCACUUCUCUGACAUUUCCAACCUCUGCUUAGGCUGAACGCUAGCUUACACUCACAGAUGUAGCUGACAGACAGAGUGACGGGCGGAACUGAAUAACUGCUGUGCUUAAUUUGCUUUGGAUAAAUGUCAGCUCGAGAACUGUUGGACUUCUGCUCCACCGCCCCUCUCGGUCUCUGCAGUUCGCUGUAUGAAUGAACCCGAGGCUAACGUAGCUAACAGGUUAGCUGGCUAAUGUUAGCUCGCGGUUCUACUGGGACGGGGCCAGCCUCCUCCUCCUGACGGAAGGGAGGGUGAGCAGGAGGGAGAACAGGCAGAGGACAAGAAGCAGAAGGAGAACACUGCCUAUGCUAAGAAGAUGGUGCUACGGUUGGCGGGGCUCAUGGGGCUGGGUGGGGCGGUCGGCAUAGUCUACAUAUUCGGCACCAAUUCGGUGGACGAACACGGAAACACGAUUCCAGAUGAGUUCGACAGAGACCCUCCUGUCGUCCAGCAGCUGAAAAGAACCUUCAAAUACUUCCAGGACUACAGACAGAUGAUCAUUGAGCCGACAAGCCCAAAGCUGCUGCCCGACCCCCUGAAGGAGCCGUAUUACCAGCCUCCCUACACUCUGGUGCUGGAGCUCACCGACGUCCUGCUGCACCCGGAGUGGUCGCUGUCCACGGGGUGGCGGUUUAAGAAACGUCCAGGCAUCGAUUACCUGUUCCAGCAGCUUGCACCGCUCUACGAGAUCGUCAUCUUCACUGCAGAGACCGGCAUGACGGCGUAUCCUCUGAUUGACAGCAUCGAUCCUCAGGGCUUCGUCAUGUAUCGUCUCUUCAGGGACGCAACACGCUACAUGGAGGGACAUCACGUGAAGGACGUGUCGUGUCUGAACAGAGACACCAGUAAGGUGAUCGUGGUGGACUGUAAGCGGGAGGCGUUCAGCCUGCAGCCCUUUAAUGGCAUGGCUCUGAAGAAGUGGGACGGCAACUCAGAGGACCGAACGCUCUAUGACCUCGCCAACUUCCUCAAGACCAUCGCUCUGAGCGGAGUGGAGGACGUCCGCUCGGUGUUGGAGAACUAUGCCCUGGAGGACGACCCCAUCGAGGCCUUCAAACGCAGGCAGGCCCAGCUGGCUCAGGAGGAGGAGCAGCGUCUGGUGGAGCUCUCCCAGCAGAAGACACAGGGACUCUCUCUUAGCUCCAUCACCUCGCGGUUCUGGCGCUCCAAACAGCAGUGAGCCCCGCCCCCUUUCACAUUUCCACCAGUCGCGGCCCGGCUCUCUGCCAGCGUCCACGUGAGGGGGGAGGCCAGAGGAGAGUGGGGGCGGGGCGGGCUUGUAUACUGUAGCUGGAAGGCCCCUGUUGUCACAAUCAACCAAUCACAUCUCAGUGGGCUGGUCUGCAGUGCUGGAACGGAGCAAGGACAUUGGCUGGCACCUGCAGCAAUGAGAGGCACUUGUUUGUUUUUGGAGGCAGGGCGUAGGGCCCCCCUCCCCCCUCCCCUGCUAAUGGUUUACAAACGAGCUGGAGAAAAUCCAGAUCAGGUUCAGACUCUGGCUGCUGGUGGUCGAAGGCAGAUCUGAGACCAGCACAGUGAAUGCCGCUCUGGUCCUGGUCAGCCCCACCCCCGGCUCCCAGGAUCUGACAUGAGAUCAGCGGUGCUCUGUCCUGGGGGGUGAGGGUGGGUGAGGGUUACAGUCUUCAGGAUGUGUGUAAUGUUGUGUUCCUCUGUGUGUCUGAGGCUGUGCCGACGGGGCUGAUGUCAAAUCGUGCUUUGUUUCUAACGAAUAAAAAUCAACCACGCGCAGUUUUCAGAAUUUUCAGAGAGUUCCUUCAGUGUCAGACUGUCGCUCAGCGGCAGCGUGGACUUUCACGAGGACCGGAGCAGCAGCUGAGCCAGCGGCGGAGAGACGGAAGACGAGACGGCUCGCCUGGUGUCCUGCCCUCAUCCUGAUCUUUCACAUCAUUUAACAGAUUCAUCUGGUUUGAUCUGGUCUCAGCUGGUCUCUGGUCUCUGCUGGUCUCUGGUCUCACCUGGUGUCCUGUCCUGUCUCAUGCUGAUUGCAGGUUUGUGUUGGUUUGAACCAAUAAAGGAAACA